CUAACCUAGCCUGUUAUUAUGAGUGACCCACAUAGUAAGAUGCUCUUUAAUAAUAUUAUAAGGCUACAAGCCAAUGCGCAGGGGAAGCUAUGGAUAGUCACGGUUAGUCUCAUUCUUCGCUAUCUAUACUAAGUGAAGAUCAUGUUAGGUAUAUAACCAGAUGUCUGUAUAGUAUAUACCGCGUCCUUCAUUUUCAUUUCUUACGGUUACUUUCUUUUACUUCUCAGUCGCCCCUUUGCUCACGCCUAUUGCAGACUUAUCUGCAUUUCACUCGUUAAAUUCACUAUCGCUGUCUAAUUCAAAAUGAUUUUCCUGUCCAAGUUGUCCAUUCAGGCCCUUGCGCUCGUAGCUAGCUUUGGCGCCGUGUCCGCGAGACGCUCACCGAAUCUUCAUCGUCCGUAUAUCGCGGCCGCGAACCAGGUCGAGAGCCAUGUUGAGUCGCGCGCUACGGGUACUGGACCUAAGGGUUUCCUUACGCUUGACGAUGGUGCGCACGUUGAAGGUUUCCACGCUACGUCCGUGCACAGCGCUUCCGCGGACCCGGGUGAUAGCUUCAGCACUUGCUUAGAGGAUACCACAGCCUCUGUAGCCGACUGCCAGGCCGUCAUUGGCGAUAUCCGAGCCAAUAACGGGACCAUCAAGGUAGCCGGAGGAUUCUGCUUGAACUGGUGGGAAGGCGGUUGUCUUGGUCGGGUGUGCGGUGGUAAGAGUCAGGAGAGUUUCUCGGAAGAUUCACAGUGGAUCGCGGACACGAUCGCUGCCUCGAUUCUCGACACGUGUAUCGCCGAGGGGAAAAGCGGUGCAGCAGCCGACUGCGCGGGUGUUAGUACUACGUGCGGGACGUAUAAGCUGUCACUGCAGGCGUACACGGGUAUUUAAGCGCCGAGUCGGGCGUGUUGUUCUUUUAGUUUGUUAUGGGACCAAGAUGAAAGAGUAUAUACCAAUCUGGAUGUAGCA